AUGAUGAGCUGCAGCAGCCGCAUCAUCAACAACAACUGCAUCAUCAUCAGCUGCAACAACUGCAUCAUCAGCUUCAACUGCAGCAUCAGCAUCAGCUGCAACAGCAGCACCAUCAACAACAUCCACAUCAGGAGCUGCAGCAGCAACAACAGCUGCAUCAACAGCUGCAUCAUCAGGAGCUUCAACUGCAGCAUCAGCAUCAUCAUCAUCAUCAGCCGCAGCAACUGCAACAGCUGCAACAGCCGCAUCAUCAACAACAACUGCAUCAUCAUCAGGAGCUGCAACAGCCGCAUCAGGAGCUGCAACUGCAUCAGCAACAUCAGGAGCAGCAACUGCAACAGCCGCACCAUCAGGAGCUGCUGCUGCAUCAGCUACAUCAGGAGCAGCAACUGCAGCAGUGGAGACAGGAACAACAACACGCGCUACAUUGGAGACACCAGCAGCAGGAGCAACACUGGAGACAGCACCAACAACUGCUGCUGCUGCAUCAGGAGCAGCACUGGAGACGGGAACAACAGCAGCAAAGACGACGGCGUCGGCGCCGGCGGCGCGAAACCCCUCCUCCUGUUGCUGACGAGGGCUUUGAAGAAGCCUCCGCUGACGAACACGCACAGCAGGAAGGCGCCGUCAAUAUCCGUCGCGCCCCUGGCCCUGCAAACACCAGCGGCAGAGGCGGUCAUGCCCGUGGUGCCAUUGGCCUCCUGCCCAACGGGAACGGUUCCAACGCGGCCACCGUCCCGCUCGCCCCUGGGCCAGCCAACCCUCAUCCUCAUCCUCAUCCUCAUCACCAUCCUCAUUGAUGUGAACGCCAUCGUCUCGCCAUUGACAUCGACAGAACCGCAUCUCUCACGUAAGGAAUGGCGAUGA